AUUUCGAAAUGAUCUUGUUAAGAAAAAGUCGAAACCAACCAAACUCCCUACACCAUGUAAUAGUCAAAACAAGAACCUGCCACAUCUACCUAACCUUAGAUCAUGCUCAACUGAAUUACUGAUAAUGUCACUUGUAUGCUGCACGAAUCACACCAAUAUAGUAAACACAGAGAGUUCAAGCCAGCUGCAAGAUGCAUUUGGUCAGCAAAAGCUUUCUCCUGGUUUUAAAAUUUUAAAAACAAKGCAGAGUAUUUAGUCGAAUGUUUCAAAUGCUUUAAAACUGUAAAGGGUUUCUCCGGGUCUUCAAUGUGGUUUGUUUACUGAUCCAAGAGGGUGUCUCCCCCCCUUAAACAAACCGUCUAAGUAAUGCGAAAUACCAACUGCAAGACUGUUUUCAUUAGUUCUUCCGUCCACAAGUUUCGGAUUUGAUUCACAGAUGUUUUCUGCAUUAUUCUUAGGUGCUGGGGUAAGAAUGAAUUAAUUUGUGCUUGUUAAGGAAAGGGUUUCUUCUACAAUACACAAUGCUGCAUACUGCAAGUUUUUCACGUGACUUUGCAGAGAGCUUAUUGGUUAAAAUGCUUAUGAUUAUUCAUGAGGUGAUUAUUGGAUCAUCGUCAAGCAUUACGGUGUAUAUGUGUUUUAACCUCUUUCGUUCGUUCUUUCUUUCUUUAGUAGAUUUAUUCACUAAGAUAGCUUGCCUUACUUAAUCUGGAAUCAUCAUGUAGAGAACAAGAUUUCCUACCCAGACCCMCAUGGAUGCUCGAUGAAACAUACAUGACCCUUGCCAAAACACAAACAAGACGUGUCAGGAUGAAGCAGAGUAUUGUAUCAGAAAACACGUGCCGUUUUUGGCUACUUGGAAAUGAGAUAUACAGACGUUGCUAUCGAGAUAAGUACCCAAUACUACCCACAAACCUUAGCGGUAUGUGUCAGUGGGUCUCUCGUUCUGUCAGCCACUGUGAUGUGUAGACUACAAUGGGCUACACUUGUAUACUAUCUGGUUGUCAUCAUCAUCAUAAUCGACGAUUUGUCGUGCUUCAUGAAGACCGGGACGGCAGCCGAUGUUGGUAGCUGUACAAAUACAAACAGAAGUGUCUGUAACAGUUCUACAGUUCAAGUAAUGCCUUCUUGUAACUGUGGUUACUAUAGAGACAAUACAAGCUGCAAAGCAUAUACACCCCCUGUUGGUAUUAGUYGUAACACUAGUAUACCUGAUAUAGCGAUGACCUCRUCAUCUGAYUACGACAAACGUCACGCAGCGCGUGAUGCAAGACUUCAUAGUAAUUCUAGUGCUUGGUGUGCUAACAACAGUGUGAACUCGUCUCAAUAUUUACAGAUCAAUAUUGGCAAAGUGUUUGAAYUAUCACGCAUUGCUACACAAGGAGCAAACAAAGGAAACGUUACUGGCUAUGUUACGUCAUACAAGAUAAAAUAUAGUUUAAAUGCUGAUGCCUGGUACACGUACCAAGACACUGGUAACUCCUCAGAUAAGAUAUUUCCUGGUAAUCAAGAUUCAUUCAGCGUGUCAUGUAACGAACUGAACACGUCUUACCCCACCCCCCUCGUGGCAAGAUUCGUAAGAGUUCUUCCAGUCACGUGGGUGGGAAACAUUUGCAUACGUAUGGAACUAUAUGGAGUCACUCACAAGUGUCCACCAGUAAACAAUACUUGCRGCUUAAAUGCAACAUGUGCUAUUUUUAGAAACUCGACCGUUUGUCACUGCCUUGAUGGAUUYAUAGGAGAUGGUUACAAUUGUACAGACAAAAACGAGUGUGAGACACAGAUAUUAUAUCCUUGUCAUCYCAAUACGACUUGCGUCAACACACCAGGAUCCUUCAAAUGUGUUUGUAGAGAAGGUUACCAUGGCAACCCCAACAACUGCACAGACAUCGAUGAGUGUUCGUCCAACACUCAUUCGUGUUCACCGCACGCACAAUGUCUAAACUAUAAUGGCUCKUAUUCCUGUCGAUGUAACCCUGGUUACCAUGGCAGYGGUUACACGUGCCAGGAUAUUAACGAAUGUAGUAGUAAAGAAUCUCAUCAUUGCCAUGGUAACGCAAGCUGUAUCAAUAAACACGGGACGUACACUUGUUGCUGUAGGGAUGGAUUCGAAGGGRAUGGAUGGAAUUGCACAGAUAUCGAUGAAUGCAGGUGGUUGCCUCGUGUCUGCCACCGUCAUGCUGGGUGUAUUAAUACUCCAGGAUCCCAUGAAUGUCGUUGCUUAGAGGGAUAUUCAGGAAAUGGUCACAACUGUACAGCUCUUUAUGUUCAUGCUUCAACAAAAACUCGUUCMUCGUUGUUCCUUGGCAUCGUGGUUGGGUUACCAGUCGUGGCAUUGUCUCUAAUCAUCUCAAUAAUAUGCGUCUUUUUAUUCACCCGCCGCAGACGGAAUCGAGUGACACGACGACCAAGAUCUUCCAAGGUAUCCCGCCCAUCAAGUACAGUCAUUGGUCAAAUAGACCAGCUCUUCGAUGAAGAACAUUCUAAAAGAUCAUUACGUGAUUCGGUGUCUUUAAGGUCACUACAGUUUAGUAUACCCAGCGUACAUCCUUCGUUAGUCGCGCUAAACAAUAUUGGUUCUGCUACACCAACCAAGAUCGCUCCAGCAUAUGAAACUCUAUGACGAAUCUGCCGGCAAGCAUUGCCAAAUAACAGACAUAAAUGAUAUGGCAGGAAAAAAUAGGGUUCGUGUUUUUCGAUAACUGACGCCCCUAUCACGGCAUCACCGCUAAUCAGUUGUCUUUUAAAACUAUUCUUUUUGUUGCAUUGGCCGGGUUUUCUAUACUUGCUCUAAAACUUGACUACAGUGCAAACUGAACUGAUCCUCUUAGCAGAGCAGGGGAACAAAAGUGCUUACCUAAUAUCGCUUCAAUUCUCAAUCCAUAACGGCAGCUUUUCAGUUAACAUUUUCAGCAUGAUAAGAUCAUAAAUUAGGUUGCCGUUUUUGCCAUUUUUCAUUGGCACUGUUCAUAUGCAUCGUAGUAAAUGAAAGACGGUAUYAAGAAGUGAUGAUAUCAAAGACAUGCAAUGAACCAACACGACGAUCAACAGAUAUCUGAUGUGAUUAUGUAGAAAUCUAUUUCAUAAAUAGCAGAAAUAUAAUGUGUAAGUUUUAUUGCAUUGUACCAUAGAUUUGUAUUCCUAGGCUUUUACAAUACGAAUAAACUAUUUUUAGGAUCAAGA